AUGGGAAGCGCUAGUUUCAGCUGCCACCUUCCCGAUGGAAGUAGAUCUUCCAUACUCCUCACCGAUGUGCUGUUGGUCCCAACCUUGGGAAAUGUGGGAUUGGUCUCUGAAACCGUGCUCGACAAAAAGGGAUUUAGAACGGAGUCAGGAGGAGGAAGAAAGUUGGUUACAAAAGAAAAGAAAGGAAUAAUUUGGGCAAAAUUGGAGAAGGGGCUUUGGAAUGUACAAGUAGUUAGCAAUACAGUUCGUUUGACCACUUACGAUGAAUGGCAUCAAGCGUUAGGCCAUCCUGCGACACUAGAAAACUUGUAUCACGACAUUCAAAGGCUGCCUCCCAAACCAGAAAGUUUCCACUGCAGUCAAUGUGCACUAUCAAAAAGCGUACACAAGAAACCUGCACCAAUUAGUACUAGAUCCAAACGACCAUUCGAACUAAUCCACUCAGACCUAUCUGGAAAGUUCAGUAUACAGUCACAAGGAAAAGCUCAGUACUAUAUGUCCUUCAUCGAUGAUUUCACCCGCUUCGCAUGGAUAUACCUCCUGAAACAGAAAGAAGACGCAAAGAAGGCCAUCAAGGACUACGUUACAAGGAUCGAGAAACAAUACAGUACAACAAUACUGAGAUUCAGAACGGAUGGUGGCGGUGAAUACAUCAACAAGGACAUAACGAACUACUUCGACUCACAAGGAAUAGUUCAUGAACAGACUCCCCCAUACACUCCUGAAUCUAAUGGAGUUGCAGAACGAUUCAACAGGACGGUAACCACAAUGGUCAGGUGCAUGAUCAUGGACCAUCCUAAGUCGUUAUGGGGAGAAGCAUACGCAACAGCUGUCUACCUCAAAAACAGGCUACCUCACAGUACGCUUAAAGGAAAGACCCCCUUUGAAGCCCUGAAAGGAACCAAGCCAAGUAUACAACACCUUCAGCCAUUCGGUAAAAAAUGCUAUGUCCACAUCCCAGAAAACUCUAGGCCAGCAGGAAGCAAACUAGCACCCCGAGCGUAUGAAGGAAUCAUAGUUGGAUACUCAGACAGUGAUAAAAUAUACCGUAUCUGGAUAGGAACACAACAUAGGGUAAUUGAAAGUCGGGACGUCACAUUCCCCCCUCCUGAAUCAGGGGAAGUCUCAGUGGAACUCGACUUCAUCCCCAGCCUGAAACCAGAAACGGCAAACGCACCAUCAGACGACGGAUACGAAUCAGAAGACAGGUCUGAUCCAGAACCCGAGUCAAAUGCAAUCGAAGAGAACCGUACAGAAAUGCCAGGAUUGUUCCCGGAAUCACCGGAACUGGUUAGAAAACCACCACCGGCUACACCAGACAAGGGAAAACAACCUGCCGUACCUAUGGGACAACCGCGAGACCCAAGAGACAACUGGGAGAAAAUUCCAGCACCAGUUGUACCAUUCAAAGGCUUCAAAGGAAAACCACUUGUGUCAACGACACCCAAAGGUACACCACCACAACCUCCAAAACGAUCAGAUCGAAUACGCCAGCGAAAAAAUAGAGAAAUUGAAAUGGAAGUACGAAGGAAAGAGUAUGACGAGAAGGUAUUAGAACAACAGAAGUUACUUACAAGUUAUAUCGAAGAUGUGAAAGAAAAUGGCCCAGGAGACGAAGCCACUGAACAAGAAUUAAUCGAUCAAUACAAAGAAGACUUCAGACGUUAUAGGGCUGAGUUAGACACGGAAUAUGGAGACAUAUCCAAACUCCCCCCGAACUACCAAAUACACCUCGUAACAGAACCUUCCACCUUCAAUCAAGCUAUGCAGAGCGACGAUCAACACCUAUGGAAAAAGGCGAUACAGACUGAGAAAGACGCCCUUGACAAAGCCCACACCUGGGAUAUUGUCAACAGACCAUCCAACCGAGCAGUAGUCAAAGGAAAAUGGGUAUUCAAAGUGAAACACAACGCGGACGGAACAAUCGAGCGGUACAAAGCAAGGUACGUUGCUAAAGGCUUCACCCAAGUACAGUACCAAGACUACGAUGAGACCUUCGCCCCCGUUGCACGAUAUGAUUCUCUACGACUCCUACUGGCACUAGCUGCACACAACGGUUGGAUACCACAACAAAUGGACGUCAAGUCAGCCUUCCUGUAUGGUGUACUCAAGGAGGAAAUCUACAUGGAACUGCCUGAAGGCUACAGGCAGGACAACAAGGUUUGUAAACUUCGAAAAUGCAUAUACGGACUAAAGCAAUCACCCCGUGAAUGGUAUGCUUGCCUAGCAGACUCCCUUCAACGGAAAGGAUUCGUCCCAGCCAAAUUCGACCCAUGUGUCUUCAUACAUAAGAACCACCAUCUAUACAUAUCGGUGUAUGUAGAUGACAUCAUGAUAUUCGGACCCGACUCCCCAUUCAGAAAAGAAAUCAGACAACUACUCAAGGCAGAUUUCGAAUGUACGGAUCUCGGUAAUUCGAAGUUCAUAUUGGGAAUAGAAAUAACGGUAACCAACAACGGUAUCACACUAUCACAACGCGCAUACAUCAACAAGAUCCUGGAUAAAUUUGGAAUGAGUAACUGCAAACCAGUUGGCACACCACUCGAACCGAACCUCAACCUUCACAAAGGCGAACCGGAAGACCAAAUCGAGAAACCAACUGAGUACCAAUCCAUAAUAGGAUCACUGAUGUACGCGAGUAUAGCUACCAGACCUGAUAUCACCCAUGCCGUUACCGCUCUCUCCCAGUACUCCUCAUGUCCAACCGAGGACCACCUACGAGCAGCCAAGCGAACUCUCCGUUACCUCAACGGAACCAAAGACUGGAACCUGUUCUACCCGAAGGGGAAUACUAGAACACUCGACGGAUUCUCAGACAGUUCCUACGCUUCAGACCUAGAUGACAGAAAAUCGUUCUCAGGAUACGUGUUCAGACUAGGGAAGUCAGCCAUCAGCUGGAGAAGCCGGAAGCAGAAAUCAGUCGCAGUCUCAACAACAGAAGCCGAAUACAUGGCCCUGUCCCUCGCAGCUCGACAACUGGUAUGGAUUCGUAAUGCCUUGCUCGAACUCCAACAACAAUACCAGUACUUCAUACACGCCGACAACACAGGUUCUAUUGAACUCUGUCGGAACCCACGCAUCCACGAUCGGUCCAAGCACAUCGACGUUCACUACCACUAUACACGUGAACAACUCGAAGUCGGAACCUUCGAAAUCCUCUACGUCCCUACCGAAGACAAUGUCGCGGACAUAAUGACCAAAGGACUACCAAAACCAGCUCACCAAAAAUUGUCAGAAUUGAUACGAUGUGGCAAGUGA